AAUUAAGUAUCACAUCACAUACAGUAAGUCACACCGUAACUCGCCGGCGAUUAUUUCCUCGGUCGCGACGUCGACUCGCCAGGCUCUUCCGUAUAACGCCGCCUUUCGCCCUCUACCCUUGAGAUCUCAGGAAGCCUCAACCAUCAGACUACCUUCGAUUUACGAUAUCACAUCACAUCACAUCACCUCCUGCUUCGGCCGCCGCUGUUCCGACACAACCCGAAGUUCUAUAAGUUAACGUCCCUACGUAUACCUGUCUUGUCGGGGGACAUUUCUCUGGUGCCAAUCCAAGUGAGACCUAUAUACACAGCUGUCCUCCAGUCAGUUACAGUUAACUCUGCUUCAAUAUGCCGCCCUCCUCCAGCCUCCUCAAUCUUCAUCCUCAAAACUGGUGGUCACCCGCCCACCCCUCCACCCUCCUCGCCGAAGCAAAACCUCUCAUCGAGUCAGUUACACAAUGGACGCACGUGAAGACAUACACCUCUACCCACGGAAACUUUUCAACUGCGACGGAGACGACACCAGUCCGCGUAGAGGGCUACAAGAAAAAGUACGCAGGGUUAUGGUGGUACGCACGACAAAGCAUACACCCCGACAUCACAUUCUCAGAAUUCAAAUCCACCCUCUUCAAGGACCACGCCGAGAAUGAAGCAUCCUACAUCCCCACCAUCACAUCCACUGAAUACCUCGGCGAAGGGCCAUGUACGCCUGCGUCCCACAGUGAGGAGUGCGAUCGGUGGACGACACAUUUGAAUACGUAUACGUUUCCAGCACCACUCUCGAAACGCGAUUUCAUGGUCACGAUAUAUCCCAUGACCCUUUCCCCAACAGAAUUCAUGGUCAUAUCCCUCCCAACGAGCGCCGUCAAUACCCAAAUCCCACGGGAACCGGGUACCGUCCGCGGUGCCUACACAUCCAUCGAACGAGUCCGAGUCCUCCCUGACGACAGAGUAGAGUGGACUAUGAGCACAACCUCCGACGCAAAAGGCUUCUUGCCCGGUUGGAUGCAAAGACUUGCCAUGCCGGGCGAAAUAGUAAAAGACGUAGGGUUGUGGAUGGAUUGGACUAUAGCGAGGCGGGAGAGGCUGAGUGUGGAUUUGAAUAACCGGUGUCCCUCUCCGGAUUCGAAUGAUGGGUAUAAGACGGAUUCGGAUUGAGAAUUACGAGGGUACGGGUUGUGGUAGGUUGAAGUAGAUUCGUGGACGAUGCAGGUAGAUUAACAUUAAUGGAUCGGGAGAUUGAUCUUCUAUGGUGGGUAUAUGAUCAACCACAUGCAC